AUGUCCUUAGUGGACCUAGGGAAGAGGUUGCUAGAAGCAGCUCGCAAAGGCGAAGAUGACGAAGUGCGAAAGCUGAUGGCAAGCGGGGCACCUUUCACCACUGACUGGCUUGGGACGUCGCCUCUUCACCUCGCUGCCCAGUAUGGCCACUAUUCGACAGCGGAAGUGCUGCUUCGAGCUGGCGUUAGCAGAGACGCCCGAACAAAAGUGGACCGGACACCACUACACAUGGCUGCAGCUGACGGACACACUCAUAUCGUAGAACUGCUAAUUAGGAACGGAGCUGAUGUAAAUGCCAAGGACAUGCUGAAGAUGACCGCUUUGCACUGGGCGACAGAGCACAACCACCGAGACGUCGUGGAGCUGCUCAUCAAAUACGGAGCUGAUGUCCAUGCUUUCAGCAAGUUUGACAAGUCGGCUUUUGAUAUUGCUUUGGACAAGAACAAUCCGGAGACUCUGGUGAUGCUGCAGGAAGCAAUGCAGAACCAGGUGAACACUCACCCGGAGAGAACGGAUCCCAUCACCAACACUGUGACUCUCACCUCACCGUUCAUCCUUACGCCAGGGGAAGUUCUCAAUCUCGCUAGUCUCAUCUCUUCAACAAAUGCCAAAACAGCCUCAGGUGACUCGCAGUUUUCCAAUUCGGCCCCCUCCGUGCUUGCCACGCUUGCAGCCCUCGCUGAAGUGUCGGCACCGCUGUCCAACUCAAACAGAGACACAGGUAAGACGGAGGAAAUAGUGGAAGCAAAUUCUGUCGAUUCUGCCAUCCAACAAGUGGUUGGCAGUGGAGGGCAGCGCGUCAUCGCCAUUGUGACAGACGGAGUUCCCCUGAGCAGCCUGCAAACAGCUGUCCCCACCAGCGGCCUCAGCCAGCCCUUCAUCCUAACCAUGCAAGAUGGACAGCAAGUUUUAACUGUACCUGCUGGUCAGGUUGCAGAAGAGACUGUUAUUGAAGAGAGAGAUGACGCAGAAGAGGAAGAAAAGCCACUGGCCAAGAAGCAAAAAGUGGAACAAAAUGUAGAUGACUCGAAGGAAGACAAGGACAGUGACGAAAGGGAAGUGCUGCAGCAGCAGUUGCAAGAGGCGAAUCGGAAGGCUCAGGAAUAUCGCAGCCAGCUCAUGAAAAAGGAGCAAGAGGCGGAGGAGUACCGGCUGAAGCUGGCAGCCAUGGUGAGGCAGCAGCCCAAUGGAGCCGAGGUGACGGUGCUCCAAGAGGUCGCCGAGGGUGACUCGCUUGUGGUGACCUCAGAAGACAUCAAGGAAUCCGUGCUGGCCAUGCUGGAAACAGAUCAGCCAACUGAUAUCGCUGUGGAAACUGUAACCUCCUAA